AUGGCACCUCUCCCCAUCAAGUUCACAGAACUGGUCAAUUUGACCAAUGUUGGCAUUGCGCAAGCAUCUAUUGGCUUCACGUCGUGUACUCUCGAAUCGGAUCACUAUGUCUGCGUUCGCCAGAAGCUCGAUGAAGACGACAAGCCGCAAGUCAUCAUUGUUGACUUGAAGAACAACAAUGAGGUCAUGCGGCGGCCAAUCAACGCUGACAGUGCGAUCAUGCACUGGAGCAAGAACAUUAUCGCCCUCAAGGCCCAAGGCCGGACAAUUCAGAUAUUCGACCUCUCCGCAAAGCAAAAGCUCAAGUCCGCGGUGAUGAACGAGGAUAUCGUAUACUGGAAGUGGUUCAGCGAAAAGGCCCUGGGUCUGGUUACGGAGAACGCCGUCUACCACUGGGAUGUCUAUGACGCCACCCAGCAGAACCCGGUGAAGAUGUUCGACCGUCUUCCCAACCUUUCUGGAUGCCAAAUCAUCAACUACCGAGUCAAUUCCGAGGAGAAGUGGAUGGUUGUGGUUGGUAUCAGUCAACAGCAGGGCCGGGUUGUCGGAUCGAUGCAGCUCUAUUCGAAGGAGCGCGGAAUUUCGCAAUUUAUCGAGGGUCAUGCUGCCGCGUUUGCUGACAUUAACGUCGAGGGCUCUGCCUUGCCCCACCACCUCUUCACUUUCGCAGUCCGGACCCAGACCGGCGCCAAGCUGCAGAUUGCCGAGAUCGAUCACCAAGAACCCAACCCCCGAUUCCAGAAAAAGGCCGUGGAGGUGUACUUCCCCCAGGAAGCAGUCAAUGACUUCCCCGUGGCCAUGCAGGUGUCCACCAAAUACGACAUCGUUUAUCUCGUUACCAAGUACGGUUUCAUUCACCUUUACGACCUGGAGACCGGUACCUGCAUUUUCAUGAAUCGCAUCUCGAGCGAGACCAUCUUCACCACUGCCUCCGACAAUGACGGUGCGGGCUUGGUCGGUGUCAACCGCAAGGGUCAGGUUCUGUCUGUCAGCGUUGAUGAGAACACCAUCAUUGACUACUUGAUGAACAACCCGGCAAUGUCUUCUCUUGCGGUGAAGCUUGCUUCGCGAGCUGGUCUCCCGGGAGCCGAUCACCUUUACCAGCAGCAGUUUGACACUCUCAUUAACUCGGGCAACUUCGCUGAAGCCGCCAAGGUUGCUGCUAACUCCCCUCGUGGAUUCCUGCGCACACCCGAGACAAUCGCCCGCUUCAAGAAUGCCCCUCAGACGGGUCAGAUGUCGGUCAUCCUGCAGUACUUCGGCAUGCUGCUCGAUAAGGGCUCUCUCAACCGGUACGAGAGUGUGGAGCUUGUCCGACCUGUGUUGCAGCAGAAUCGCAAGCACCUGCUGGAGAAGUGGAUGAACGAGAAGAAGCUGGAAGCCUCUGAGGAGCUUGGAGAUAUUAUUCGGCCAUACGACAUGGGCCUGGCCCUUAAUAUCUACCUCGAGUCCAACAUUCCCCACAAGGUUGUUGCUGGGUUCGCCGAGACUGGCCAGUUCGACAGAAUACUGUCCUACUCCAAGCAGGUUGGCUAUCAGCCCGAUUACACCCAGUUGCUCCAGCACAUUGUGCGGGCCAACCCUGAGAAGGGUGCCGAGUUUGCUGCUCAGCUCGCUAACGAGGAGAGUGGCGCUCUUGUUGAUCUCGACCGUGUCGUAGAUGUUUUCCUGUCCCAAAACAUGAUCCAGCAGGCCACUUCCUUCCUUCUUGAUGCUCUCAAGGACAACAAGCCCGAGCAGGGUCAUCUGCAAACUCGUUUGCUGGAGAUGAACCUUGUCAACGCUCCUCAGGUUGCAGACGCUAUCUUGGGCAACGAGAUAUUUACACACUACGAUCGGCCCCGCAUUUCGCAGCUCUGCGAGGGAGCUGGUCUCGUCCAGCGUGCUCUCGAAAACUCUGACGACUCUGCUGUGAUCAAACGCAACAUCGUCAAGACUGACAAGCUGAGUCCCGAGUGGCUGAUGAACUACUUCGGGCGUCUGUCUGUUGAGCAGACCCUUGAGUGCUUGGACUUCAUGUUGGAGGCCAACAUUCGCCAGAACCUGCAGGCCGUGGUUCAAAUCGCUACCAAAUUCUCCGAUCUUCUCGGCCCCAACCGCCUCAUCGAUCUUUUCGAGAAGUACCGUACUGCCGAGGGUCUCUACUACUACCUUGGCAGUAUUGUCAACCUCAGCGAGGACUCCGAAGUGCACUUCAAGUACAUUGAGGCCGCCACUGCUAUGAACCAGCUCACCGAGGUCGAGCGAAUUUGCCGUGAGAGCAACUACUACAACCCUGAGAAGGUGAAGAACUUCCUUAAGGAAGCCCACUUAACUGAGCAGCUUCCUCUCAUCAUCGUUUGUGACCGCUUCAACUUCAUCCACGACCUGGUCCUCUACCUUUACCAGAACCAGCAGUUCAAGUCUAUCGAGGUGUACGUCCAGCGUGUUAACCCCUCCCGUGCUCCUGCGGUUGUGGGUGGUCUGCUUGAUGUCGACUGCGAUGAGAGUAUCAUUAAGAACCUACUCUCCACUGUGGAUCCAUCCGCAAUCCCCAUCGAUGAGCUCGUCACCGAGGUUGAAAGCCGCAACCGUCUCAAGCUGCUCCUGCCCUUCCUUGAGGCCACCUUGGCUAGCGGUAACCAGCAGCAGGCUGUCUACAACGCCCUUGCCAAGAUCUACAUCGAUAGCAACAAUAACCCCGAAAAGUUCCUUAAGGAGAACGAUAUGUACGACACCCUGACGGUCGGAAAGUACUGUGAGAAGCGCGACCCCAACUUGGCGUACAUUGCCUACAGCAAGGGCCAGAAUGACCUGGAGCUGAUCAGCAUCACCAACGAAAACUCCAUGUACCGUGCGCAGGCUCGCUACCUUGUUGAGCGUGCCGACCCUGAGAUCUGGAACUUUGUCCUGAGCGAGAACAACAUGCACCGCCGCUCGCUCGUCGACCAGGUCAUUGCCACUGCGGUUCCCGAGUCGACCGAGCCUGACAAGGUUUCCGUCGCGGUCAAGUGCUUCCUCGAAGCUGAUCUUCCUGGCGAGCUGAUCGAACUGCUGGAGAAGAUCAUCCUGGAGCCCUCGCCGUUCAGCGACAACACCAGCCUGCAGAACCUGCUAAUGCUGACUGCAGCCAAGGCUGACAAGAGCCGUCUAAUGGACUACAUCCACCAGCUUAACGAGUUCUCUGCCGAUGAGAUCGCCGAGAUGUGUAUCAGCGUUGGCCUAUACGAGGAAGCGUUUGAGAUCUACAAGAAGGUCAACAACCAGCUGGCUGCCGUUAAUGUCCUUGUUGAGAACAUUGUCAGCAUUGACCGGGCCCAGGAGUUCGCCGAGCGUGUCGAGCUUCCUGAGGUGUGGAGCAAGGUUGCUAAGGCACAGCUGGAUGGCCUCCGUGUCUCCGACUCGAUCGAGUCUUACAUCCGCGCUAACGACCCAUCCAACUACAAUGAGGUGAUUGAGACCGCCACACACGCCGGCAAGGAUGAGGAUCUCGUCAAGUUCCUUCGCAUGGCCCGCAAGACCCUGCGUGAGCCUGCCAUUGACACUGCCCUUGCCUUCUGUUUCGCCCGUCUGGACCAGCUUGCCGAACUUGAGGACUUCCUUCGCUCCACCAAUGUGGCUGAUACUGAGGCCUCCGGUGACAAGGCUUACGAGGAGGGUUACCACCAGGCUGCCAAGAUCUUCUUCACCAGCAUCUCGAACUGGGCCAAGCUCGCCACUACCCUGGUGCACCUAGAGGAGUACCAAGCCGCCGUUGAGUGCGCUCGCAAGGCCAACAGCGUCAAGGUCUGGAAGCAGGUCAACGAGGCCUGCGUUGACAAGAAGGAAUUCCGCCUCGCCCAGAUUUGCGGUCUUAACCUCAUCGUUCACGCUGAGGAGCUGCAAGCUCUUGUCCGGCAGUACGAGCGCAACGGCUACUUCGAUGAGCUCAUCUCCGUCCUCGAAGCUGGUCUCGGUCUCGAGCGUGCCCACAUGGGUAUGUUCACCGAGCUGGGUAUUGCCCUGUCCAAGUACCACCCCGACCGCGUGAUGGAACACCUGAAGCUCUUCUGGUCUCGCAUCAACAUUCCCAAGAUGAUUCGUGCCUGCGAGGAGGCUAACUUGUGGCCCGAGCUUGUCUUCCUCUACUGCCACUAUGAUGAGUGGGACAACGCCGCUCUGGCCAUGAUGGAGCGUGCUGCCGACGCCUGGGAGCAUCACUCGUUCAAGGACAUCAUUGUCAAGGUUGCCAACUUGGAGAUCUACUACCGCGCCUUGAACUUUUACCUGCAGGAGCAGCCUCUCCUCAUCACCGACCUGCUUCAGGUCCUCACCCCGCGCAUCGAUGUUAGCCGUGUGGUGCGCAUCUUCAAGGGCUCGGACAACAUCCCCCUGAUCAAACCGUUCCUGCUGAAUGUGCAGCACCAAAACAAGCGGGCUGUCAAUGAUGCGAUCAACGAGCUGCUGAUUGAGGAGGAGGAUCACAAGACCCUGCGCGACUCGGUUGACAACCAUGACAACUUCGAUUCCGUGGAGCUGGCCCAGCGUCUGGAGAAGCACGAGCUCAUCUUCUUCCGCCAGAUCGCCGCCAGCAUCUACCGCAACAACAAGCGUUGGGAGAAGUCAAUCGCGCUGUCAAAGCAGGACAAGCUCUACAAGGAUGCUAUUGAAACCGCUGCCAUCUCCGCCAAGUCGGAAGUUGUGGAGGACCUCCUCCGCUACUUUGUCGACAUUGGCAGCCGCGAGUGCUACGUUGGCAUGCUGUAUGCCUGCUACGACCUGAUCCGCCCCGACGUGAUCAUGGAAAUCUCUUGGCGCAAGGGCUUGCACGACUUCACCAUGCCAUUCAUGAUCAACUUCCUCUGCGAGCAGACUCGCACCAUCGAGAUGCUCAAGAAGGACAACGAGGAGCGCAAGUCUCGGGAGAAGAGCCAGAAGACCGAGGAGGACAACACUCCCAUCCUAGGCGGCUCACGGCUGAUGCUCACCCAGGGCCCUGGCGCCCCGGCCAGCCCCAUACCAUACGGCCAGCAGGCCAACGGGAUCACCCCGCAGGCCACUGGCUACCGCGCAUUUUAG